AUCCAUUCUCACCGGCCUAUUUCUUUCCAGCCCUCCAGUCGGCCGAGCAGCCACGCCCCAUCGGAAGUGACCACGCCCACCGGCGCCAAGGAUCCAAUCGCAGCGAUCGCGGACCGCCUAUCGGUCAACAACAAUGUCAAAGGCACGCCCAACGGAGGCGGAGUCACGCCCCCCUCUUCGCUACAGCAGAUGCAGACACCGCCCGCAUCGCCGCAACAGCCGGCGCAGUCGAAGAGGUUGCUGCAGGAAAUACUGGACAGGCCAGGUCCCUAUCCAAUGAUCGCAGUGCCCCACAAGGGUGGAUAUUGGGUAGACGGGACUGAUCAUGAGGAACAGAUGGACCAUAGGGGCUUGCCCAUCAUUCCUCACCCCACGUGGCGGGCCAAAAUCGAAACGGAUGAUACUGCGAAGUGUUAUAGGAGAUUCUUCGUUGGAAGGGAGCAUUCAACCCUUAUAGGCCACGAUGAACACCUAGGACCGGUGCUGUUGUCGAUAAAGACAGAAAAUGUCGCGAAUCAGGAACACACACGGAUCCUUUUACGGCCAAACCCGAGCCCAGCAAAGAUGGCCAAGCUAUUGAACGAACAGUUGAACGUAGACAACUUCUCACCGGUUCUCCACCCCAAAGCCUCCCAGCUCAUAGCCAACUAUGACGAACACGUGCUGGUGUCCUACUUCAAAUUCGGAGUCUUGCAUCAGAGAAUCGGGCAGACGGAUGAGGAGGAGCUGUUCUGCAACAACGUUACCACUCCCGCUUUCGACGAAUUUUUGAAUUUGCUGGGCCGGAGGAUACAACUCAGAGACCACAAAGGUUACCGAGGAGGUUUGGACAUCCAAAACGGCCAUACGGGCGACACGGCGGUGUACGAGGUGUUCAAAGAACGCGAAAUCAUGUUCCACGUGUCCACGUUGCUGCCGUACACUGAAAACGACCCCCAACAGUUGCAGAGGAAGAGGCAUAUCGGAAACGAUAUCGUCGCUAUAGUGUUCCAAGAGGAGAACACGCCGUUUACGCCUGACAUGAUCGCGUCGCAUUUUUUGCAUACGUUCAUUGUGGUGCAACCGAUUGAACCCAACACACCAAACACAAGGUACAAAGUGAGCGUGACAGCUAGAGACGACGUCCCGUUCUUCGGUCCGACGUUGCCUACACCAGCGAUCUUCAGAAAGGGGGCGGAUUUCAAGGAGUUCCUCCUGACCAAGUUGAUCAACGCCGAGAACGCGUGUUACAAGGCGGACAAGUUCGCGAAGCUCGAGUUGAGGACGAGGAGUAGCUUGUUGCAGACGCUGGUGGAUGAUCUCAAAGUGAAGACGGCGGAGUUUUUGGGAGGAAACGGGAAUUUGCCGACGCCUGGGACGCCGAAGAGUGAUUCGGGACCUGGGAGCAGGUUUAUAGAUACGGUGAAGAAAGCCUGGAGUGCACGUGUGAAGACGAGCCAGAGUGUGGAUAACAAUUUAGGAGUGAAUAACCAUGAUAGGUUAUCGAAGAAAGGAAGUCAACCUACGAUAUCGGAAUCGACACCAUCGAGCGGCCGUUCGACCUCGAAGAGCUCAAUCCACACCCUGUCCUCCGCCUCAGCCGCCUCGAAGAAGAGCGUCGGCAAUGCGAGCGUGUGCAGCAGCAACAGCGGCACCGGAGGCGCCAUCAACUGCGCCGGGGUCGGCGACCGCAGUCUGGGCGGCAACAGCAGCAACGGGGGCGGCGACUCGUCGACCGCCUCCUCGUCGCCCGAUCUCACAGCGCACGCGCACAGGUCGCCGAGGCCCGCGCUGUCCGAGGCGGGCAGCGAUGACAGUUCGCUGACUAGCGAGGAUCUGGAGGAGCAUCUGGCCGGAGGAUACAUCGACAGUGACACCGGCCUAGAGAGCAUGAGCAGCGCAGAAACGGCUGCUAACGUCAACAAGGCAUCCUGCACGGUCUGUCAACAGCAGCAGCAACAGGUGUCUGUCGCGACAGUGGCGCAGCAAGAAAGGCCUUGCAGCAGGGAGAACGGCCCGACUCCGGAACAGCUGAUGCACGAGGUCACCAGGUUGAAGUGCGAUAAGUUGGAUCUGCUCAGGCAGAAUGUGAACUGUCAACGUGACAUAAAAAGGCUAAGGGAAAAGGAACUCGGUCUGCAAAGCGACCUGGCUGUCGCUACGAAGGAAAUCAUCAGGCUAAGGGAACUGUUAAAAGAUUAUACCCCCACUGGUGACAGAUCUCCAGUUUAGAAUGCACACAUGUAAAAUUAAAAUUCAGUAGGUGAAAUCGGUUAUAAAAAGCUUAUUUCUAAAUCUAUCUCUCCGAUUCACUUUGUAACGCAAAGGGCUACAAAACGUUCAUUUCAUGCAUCCAUAACGGUAAUAAUUAUGAAAAGCCAGUCACUAAUUUAAGCUUCGUUUCAAAUCGCCCGUAAAUAUCAAAUCUACUAGAUUCCCUUAAGAGUGCGUUGUGUUUGAGUUUCAAAAAGUGUUUAGUUACGAAACAUUCUUUGUCUAGAAUAAACGAUUUUGUUUAUUAGUUUGACGUUAGUAAUUAUCGUUUUGAUAUUUAAAACUCAUAAUUGCUAUUUUGUGGAACUAUCACUUGAGAAAUCUGACACAUCAACGUUUACCUUUUUUUAAUUAAUUCGGACAAAAAUCCUCGUUCUGUAAAAUCAAAAUAGCCUGUUGCACGAGUUAUGAAAAUUCAAAAUUAAAUACAAAUCUUAAUAGAUAUUAUUAUUGUCAUGGAAUUAAAAUUGAGUCUCAAUCAUGAAUGAUUUAUGAUCUUAUUUUUAUGUGGAAAAUAAUACCUUAUUAGAUUUGGUUAAACAGUUCAAGUGAUUUUUCCAGACAUUCACGUUUUCUUUUAUAAGCGCCUUUUCUGAAUCUGAAAAAUGUCGAUUAUCAACAUCACAUGAUAUGUCUCAAAAAGUGGACACGUUUUUCGUUUUCUUGUGAUAUUGUUUCUUAAAGAAUAUAUAAACAUUGCGAGAAUUAUAUGUUUUAGUUGCUUAGAUAUUUAUUGAUAGUACAGGAAUCUUCUAAAUUAUGGCUAAGAGUAAAAAAAAUGCGGAGCUUCUCACAAGUUUCAUGCUCUUGGUAUAAUUUUGGUACUUCCUGUAUACAUUUCUCUGUAUUAUAUUAGAUGUAUGGUUAGAAAACACAAAACCUUUACCAACAUAAUUAUACCAAAGGUAACAUUCCCCAAAAAUGUCUGUUUUUUUUUCAAUGAAUAUAUGAAUUUAUUUACUCUGUAUGUGUACAUAACAAACAAAAAAGUAUUUAAUAGCCUUUAAGUUUAUUAUUGCGAUUUUUUCUCAUUGUAUUUAUAUAUACGUAUAUAGGCGAUUACCUAUAUAUAUAGUUGUGCAGAUAUUUAGUAUUAUCGGUAAGAGAUUGUUAUUUUUUACUUUUGUUCGUGUACAGGGUGAGUCACUUAUCAAAAGUUUUCUACUGUUUCUCCUAAAAAAAGCUUUUUCUUCAAAUGUCUCUUGAGGUGUACAUACAUCUAUGUAUAUCAGUCAUUUGACAAACUAUUGCUUCUUAUAAUAUUGAAGUAUAAAUAUAUACAGGGUGGUGUUCAAUAACUUUCCGACACCUCCCCUUUUUACCGAAAAUUCUACUCAAAUACAAGAAAAAGGUCAAGACAAACGUUACAGGGUUUUAGGAAAACAAUCUAAUGGUGACCUUGACACCGACCUUGAAAAUAACCUUCAGUAUCAUUUAAUAAUAAUUUUGAAAAUAUCGUUUUCGUGGACUUUCCUCUAGAGUUGAUAGUUUUCAGAAUAUAACCAAUUCAAUAUUUGACAAGGGAAAAAAAACGUAAUUUUCUAUCCGAAAAACAAUAUGAAAAACGAUAAUUUUAAUGUUGCCUAAAUAUUCUUCAAACAUUCGUUAACAAACUCCCGAAACAUUUAAGUUUUUUUCUGUUAAUGAAGUCUUUGUUUUUUAAUUGUUAAUCAAGCGCACGAGUAAUUUGCGUACCUUACUGCUUAAGUUCCAAUUAAAAAACAAAGGUUUGCGUUGAAAAUUCCUCCUAAAUUGUUUUGAAGGAUCUCUAGGAACUUCGGCAACAUUAAAAUUUUCGUUUUUUAUAGUGUUUUUUCGGGGUCGAAAGUACCGCAAGCAUUCCGCAAAUAUUGAAUUCUUAUGUCUUAAAAAUUCUAAACCUUUAAAAAGUUUAUAAGAACGUUUUUUAUUCGGAAUGGCACAACAAAUUACAGAAAACUUUGCCCGGAGCGAAAAAAACAAUUUUGGAAAUUUAUUUAAAAAUAUCGUUUUUGUGGACUUUUUUCUAAUGAUGAUGAUGAUUCCAAAACAGUAUCGAAAAACGAUAAUUUAGUGUUGCCAAAGUUCCUUAAUAUUCCUCAAACAUUCGUUAACAGAAUCCCGAAGUAUUUUAGGGAGUAUUGUUAUUGCAAACUUUUGUUUUUUAUUAUUCGUAUCUUGUUGCUUAAUUAACGAUUAAAAAACCAAGAUUUGCAUUAAAUAUUCCUCCUAAAUUGUAUUCGAAGAAUAUUUAGAAACUUCGGCAACAUUAAAAUUUUCGUUUUUUAUAGUGUUUUUUCGGGGUCGAAAGUACCGCAUUUUGCAUUCCGCAAAUAUAUUGAAUUCUUAUGUCUUAAAAAUUCUAAACCUUUAAAAAGUUUAUAAGAACGUUUUUUAUUCGGAAUGGCACAACAAAUUAAAGAAAACUUUGCCCGGAGCGAAAACAACAAUUUUGGAAAUUUAUUUAAAAAUAUCGUUUUUGUGGACUUUUUUCUAAUGAUGAUGAUGAUUCCAAAAACAGUAUCGAAAAACGAUUAUGUAGUGUUGCCAAAGUUCCUUAAUAUUCUUCAAACAUUCGUUAACAGAAUCCGGAAGUAUUUUAGGGAGUAUUGUUAUUGCAAACUUUUGUUUUUUAUUAUUCGUAUCUUGUUGCUUAAUUAACGAUUAAAAAAACAAGAUUUGUAUUAAAUAUUCCUCCUAAAUUGUAUUCGAAGAAUAUUUAGAAACUUCGGCAACAUUAAAAUUUUCGUUUUUUAUAGUGUUUUUUCGGGGUUGAAAGUACCGCAUUUUGCAUUCUGCAAAUAUUGAAUUCUUAUGUCUCAAAAAUUAUAAACCUUUAAAAAGUUUAUAAGAACGUUUUUUAUUCGGAAUGGCACAACAAAUUAAAGAAAACUUUGCCCGGAGCGAAAAAAACAAUUUUGGAAAUUUAUUUAAAAAUAUCGUUUUUGUGGACUUUUUCUAAUGAUGAUGAUGAUUCCAAAAACAGUAUCGAAAAACGAUAAUUUAGUGUUGCCAAAGUUCCUUAAUAUUCUUCAAACAUUCGUUAACAGAAUCCCGAAGUAUUUUAGGGAGUAUUGUUACUGCAAACUUUUAUUUUUUAUUAUUCGUAUCUUGUUGCUUAAUUAACGAUUAAAAAACCAAGAUUUGCAUUAAAUAUUCCUCCUAAAUUGUAUUCGAAGAAUAUUUAGAAACUUCGGCAACAUUAAAAUUUUCGUUUUUUAUAGUGUUUUUUCGGGGUCGAAAGUACCACAUUUUGCAUUCUGCAAAUAUUGAAUUCUUAUGUAUUAAAAAUUAUAAACCUUUAAAAAGUUUAUAAGAACGUUUUUUAUUCGGAAUGGCACAGCAAAUUAAAGAAAACUUUGCCCGGAGCGAAAAAAACAAUUUUGGAAAUUUAUUUAAAAAUAUCGUUUUUGUGGACUUUUUUCUAAUGAUGAUGAUGAUUCCAAAAACAGUAUCGAAAAACGAUAAUUUAGUGUUGCCAAAGUUCCUUAAUAUUCUUCAAACAUUCGUUAACAGAAUCCCGAAGUAUUUUGGGGAGUAUUGUUACUGCAAACUUUUAUUUUUUAUUAUUCGUAUCUUGUUGCUUAAUUAACGAUUAAAAAACCAAGAUUUGCAUUAAAUAUUCCUCCUAAAUUGUAUUCGAAGAAUAUUUAGAAACUUCGGCAACAUUAAAAUUUUCGUUUUUUAUAGUGUUUUUUCGGGGUCGAAAGUACCACAUUUUGCAUUCUGCAAAUAUUGAAUUCUUAUGUAUUAAAAAUUAUAAACCUUUAAAAAGUUUAUAAGAACGUUUUUUAUUCGGAAUGGCACAACAAAUUAAAGAAAACUUUGCCCGGAGCGAAAAAAACAAUUUUGGAAAUUUAUUUAAAAAUAUCGUUUUUGUGGACUUUUUUCUAAUGAUGAUGAUGAUUCCAAAAACAGUAUCGAAAAACGAUAAUUUAGUGUUGCCAAAGUUCCUUAAUAUUCUUCAAACAUUCGUUAACAGAAUCCCGAAGUAUUUUGGGGAGUAUUGUUACUGCAAACUUUUAUUUUUUAUUAUUCGUAUCUUGUUGCUUAAUUAACGAUUAAAAAACCAAGAUUUGCAUUAAAUAUUCCUCCUAAAUUGUAUUCGAAGAAUAAUUAGAAACUUUGGCCACAUUAAAAUUUUUUUAUAUAUUGUUUUUUCGUCAUAUCUUGAGUACAGAAAAUAAAAAAAUGAUUAAGAAAAACGUUACACUUUUUUAGGAAAACAAUCUAAUGAUGACCUUCAAAAUAACGUUCAAGAUCAUUUAAAGGUCGAGAUGAAAUGUUUAAAUGGAAUCAUACUUUUUUGACCUCACCAAGGAAGAGCGAAAAUGAUAUUGAAAUUGACCUUGACCUUGAAAGGUUAUCUUGGAAACUUAACAUGAAAUCGUAAUUUAGAGGCGGUAUUUCCGCCAUUAAAAAUUUUAAAGCUGACCUUCAAUGUGUUUGAAGUUCAUAGUUACGGUCAAGAUUCUAAAUUGUUCUCUCAAAGUCCUGAAACUUUUGUCGUGAUAAUUUUUUUGUUGAAGCAGUAUUUUCGGAGAUGGAGGGGGGUCGUUAAAUUUUUAAACAUCCUGUAUAAUGUGAUUGAUAAGUGAUUCAUCUUGUACGUUUAAGUUUGUACAACUGCAAUAUGUAUUAACAAAAACGUAGUAACAUAGUUGUUCGUGUAAAUAUCUAAGACUCACACUAUUUCUCAAUUUUCUACUUUCCAUAUAAACGGUGGUCCAAAAAUUGAGACUUAAAAGCUCCCAAUUAGUGAUUACUUCGCAUUUAAAUGAAACGGAAAACUAAUAAUGAAACAGUUUUUGGAUCAUACGUUUUUUUCAGUGUAUAUCAUCGUUACAAGCACAAAUCAUGACAUAUUGAACAGAAAACACAUGUUAUUAUCAGGGAGAUCCUACACAUAUUUCCGAAAAAUACCACGAUCUUUGCAGCUGUUUGAAAAAAAUAUUCUGAUUUUUUUUGCAUCUGCCUUUAACGAAUCUGCCUGGCUCAAAAUUACAUCAGAAAUUUGUAGGAUUUGAAAAAAAAAUUUCGCUUCGGGCGUUUGUUUAGGUACCUUGCGUCAUUUUAAACAAAAAAGGGCCUUAUGGACGUUGAUAAUUUUCAAGACACAAGCGACUUAGUAUUUGACAAAGUUUCAGUCCCAAAAACAAUAUAAAAAAAUGAUAAUUUUGAUGUCGCCAAAGUACCUAGUAGGUAUUCUUCAAACAUUCCUUAACCAAAUCCCGAAAUAUUUAAGGGGGUAUUGUUAUUGCAAACUUUUGUUUCUUAAUUAUUCUUCGUAUCUUAGCGAUUAAAGGUUUGUAUUAAAAAUUCCUCCCAAGUUUGUUGCGGGGUAUUUGACGAACAUUUAGGAAUUUUGACAUUAAAAUUUUUCGAGGUCGAAAGUACCACAUUUUGCAUUUUUUAAAUAUUGAAUUCUGAUAUCUUAAAAACCAUAAACCUCAAAAAAGUCCAUAAGAACUUUUCUUGUUCCGAAUGCCACAAAAAAACAACGAAAACUUUGCCUGGGGCAAAUUUUGAAAAUUUGUUUAAAAAUAUCGUUUUCGUGGAGUUUUCUCUAGAGUUGAUAGUUUUCAAGAUAUAACCAAUUUAAUAUGUGACAAAGUAAAAAACGUAAUUUCGGUUCCCAAAAACAGUAUGAAAAAUGAUAAUUUUAAUGCUGCCAAAUUCCUAAAUAUCGUUUAACAAAGUCCCGAAACAUUUCAGUUUUCUUUAGAAACAAUUAAAAAACAAGCAUUUGCCUUAAAAAUUCUUCCUAAAUUGUUUUGAGAGUUUAUUGACGGGCAUUUGAAGAAUAUUUAGGAUCUUUGGCAACAUUAAAAUUUUCGUUUUUUAUAUUGUUUUGGGGUCAAAACUACCACAUUUUGCAUUUUUCAAAUAUUGGGUUCUUAUAUCUUGAAAACUAUAAACCUUAAAAAAAUUUCAUAAGAACCUUUUUUGUUCGUAAUGACCAAAAACAAAGAAAACUUGUCCCGGCGCGAAAGAAACAAUUUUGAAAAUUUGUUUAAAAAAUCGUUUAUACAAUUUUUUUGGGCCAUGAUUUUUCAAUCAGAAUAUUUUUCCAUGUUUGCGAUGAUACUGAAAACUUCUUUUCUGACAUCAGUCUCUCCCUGAUGUCAAGUUUCUCCCAGAUCAAAAAUGGUGGAUGUAAAUUUAUAUACAGGGUGUGCCGUACAGCACGGAACAUUAGAUAAACUAGUCAGCCCAAUUUAUGCGUCGUAUGUCAUAAUUCGGUUAUAAAAUGCACGUUGCUCGUGUUGGAUUCGGCUUGCUCUGUAAUCAAUCAAAACGAAAAGAUGUAGCUUGGUUAAAUUCAAGCACUAUCUGACCAUAUGGAAGGUUUGUCACGUCAUAUCCACUUAUUACUUUCUAGAACUCGCAUGUUUGUAAUCAGUUUCAUAGUUUUUAUCAAUGGGACAGUCGUGCUGAUUUUUCAAGGGCCAAUUUGAUCACGGUUGAUUAUUUCCUGAAGUACUGAAAAUUUCACCUCUCUUUUUUCACUAGCACAAAAAAACAGGCAUCCCAAAUUGAAGAAAACUCCGUAAUAUUUUAAAAAAUCAACAGUGAAAAAAAUGGUUAUUUAUUUAUUAAACCUAUUUCGGCCGACGUUUUGACACCAUUACUGAUUUUGUUGAUCACUGUCUUUUGCAUUUAUUUCUCUGACAAACUAAAAGCAAAACACUUAUUUUUAAGUACCUUUAGAUUACAUUAAGAACUUGUACAAGUUAUGUAUUUAACUGUUUUUAUGUACCUUGAUUUGUCUAUGACAAUAUUUUGCUGCAAAUUCUAAUAAAAU